AUUUAUAUUUUAAGCCCAUUCUUGAUGAGGAUCGUAAUUCGACACCCCGAAGUGGUUCUUAUCAUUCUCUUCAUGUCAAUGUUAUUGGGCCUUUGGUUGGUCUUGUUCGUCGUUUUUCUCAGAUUGUUCACGAUGGCGAUUUGACUUUCCAUCUUGUUCGCUUAGAGAUUCGGUUUGGUUCUCGAGUGUUUCGUGCGGAUGCUUUUUCUCGUUCACGUUCUGGUGCCGUUAAUUUAGCGGCUGAGAAGAUGUUUAAUCGGUUACUUCUAACUGAUUUGGUCUUGCCUCCUCACAUAAUUGGGUUGCCUAAUGUUCGUGGUCAUUGUUUUUUGACGACUGUUUUGGUUAUGUUGAUGCGGUCUCAUAGUUUUGUGCGGUGUCUAUUUCGCGUUAACCAGGAGGUUACUAGUGAUGUGAAUUCCGGUGUUGAACUCAAUCCUCUUAAUCGAGAUGUGCUCUAUUCUUUUGGUGAAGUGCCUUUUCUUUGGACUCGAGCUUUCUUCCGCUUUUUCCGUUUGUAUUUAAAGGUUUCUCGUAGCGGUCGACUUGAUCUUUUAAAUCUACCAUUGGGUUUGUGGCCUCACUAUGGUUCUGGAGAUGCAACUAAGGUUAAACCUGACGUUGAUCUGAGUUUGGACAAUUUGAUGAUGCUCAUAUGCCGGUUACUUGGUAAUUUUGUUCGUGCUGAUUAUCUGAGUCCUGGUGGUAAGGAGGAAGUGUUUUAUUCUGAUCUAAUGUUGCAGCUUCGUCGUGAGAGCUCAGAGUUCGUGUUGACCGCUCAUGUUUUGUUGUCUGUUAGUUUCGUGUGUGCUGAUUGUGAAUCUCAAUUUGAUAAUCAUCCAGUGGCUCUUCCUUAUGUUUUUCUUCGUGAUUUUCUUGGUUCUGGUGUUUCAGGAUUUUGCGAUUUUAUCGCUGAUUUUGUUCAUUUGUUGCCUCAGCAGUUGAUUACUUGUAUUGGUAGUUUUGGUGGUAAAAUUUGUAAUUCUGACCGGUUGUCUUUCUCUUCUCAUGAGAUCGUUUCUAUACCCUCUCUACUGGUUUUCCGAUUUCCUGAUUUAGGAUCUUCUGGUAUUUCUGGUCAGAUGACUCCUGAUGAGUUAACUAUCACUUGGUCCAGUGAGAUUCUACACUAUCGCCGCAUCGCGUAUUCUUGUGAUUAUCGUGUUUAUGAUGGUGGUGUUGAUUCUGAGUCUUUCAGGUUCCCCACUUCUUCGGAGGCUUUUUUGGGUUGGCAUUCGAUAGCUCAUGUUUUAACUACCCGUGGUUGGUUGGAGUAUAACAAUGGUAGGGAGGGUUUACCCUCACCGGCUUUGCUGGGUGGUCAUACUUCUUACUCUUUAGUUUUUUAUGAUAUGGACAAUUCAUUUGUACCUGAGCCUUCAAUUUGUUUUGAAGAGAAGUGA